UGCGUGGCUUUCCGGCGGAAACAUUCAGUAGUAACUUCCGUUUCCGUUUAGCCAUUGGAAAACGUUCAGCGAACACCGUGGGAGCAGAGAAGUCUAGAAACAUUUCAGGACUUUUCCUCCCUUUAUUUACAUAACUAUCGGAUCAUUUUUAUCUUAGUGAUUUGGUGUGGAGGAAGAAAAAACGAGCAUUUUAAAUAACGAGGAAACUUGUCAGAUCGCUGUAAAACAGCUGAAUAAAGUGAGAGAUUUUCCUCCAGCAUGUCUCUUCCCAAGCGUGAGGUUGAUGAGCUGAGGCCAUGGGUGGAACGCAUAGUAAAGAAGGUCCUUGGUUUUUCUGAACCCACUGUGGUCACAGCAGCAUUACACUGUGUGGGAAAAGGCCUGGACAAGAGAAAAACCACAGACCAGCUAAGGCCGUUUCUUGAUGAUUCGGCAAGCAGCUUUGUUGAGCGUCUAUUUGAAGCUCUUGAGGAAAGCAAAAACUCCCGUGGCAGCAAAGGAGCUGGAGAGAAGAACCGCAAAAGAGAACUGAAGGAAGUGUUUGGAGAUGAGGUGGAAGGAGUGAAGGAUGGACACAGUGUGGAUACAGCAGUAAAGAAGAAGAGGGUACCUCGCUUUGAGGAGGUGGACGAACCAGCUGUUUUACCUGGACCCCCUACAGAGAGUCCUGGCAUGCUUACCAAGAUGCAGAUCAAGCAAAUGAUGGAAGCAGCCACACGGCAGAUUGAGGAGAGAAAGAAACAGCUAAGUAUUGUGGCUCCUGUCCCCACUGUGCAGUCCAGACUGAUUCCAUCUCAGACGGACUCUAGUGCUCCACGUCCCAUCCUCCCAGCGGUGGGUGCUACUCAGUCCAUCGCUCCUUCUCAGGCUGCUAACUUCAUGAAUGACGCUAUAGAGAAAGCCCGCAAGGCAGCUGAGCUGCAGGCCAAGAUCCAGUCCACGCUGGCCAUGAAACCAGGAAUUCUGGGUGCUUUGGGAAACACAGGCCCACAUAACCUGGUAGCCCUGGCCAACCUGCACGCCAUGGGCAUUGCACCACCUAAAGUGGAGCCUCGUGAAAUCACAAAGCCAACUCCCCUCAUUUUGGAUGAGCUCGGACGAACUGUUGAUGCCAGUGGGAAAGAAAUUGAGCUCACACAUCGUAUGCCCACUCUAAAAGCAAACAUCAGAGCGGUGAAGAGGGAACAGUUUCGGCAACAGUUAAAGGAAAAACCCAGCGAUGACCUGGAAUCCACAUCUUACUUUGACCCACGAGUGGCCCUUACUCCUGCACAGAGAGCCAAGAAAGGCUUUAGGUUCCAUGAACAGGGGCGCUUUGAGAAGAUCGCCCAGCGCAUACGCACCAAGGCUCAGUUGGAGAAGUUACAGAUGGAGAUUGCUCAGGCUGCCAAGAAGACAGGCAUACAGGCGUCCACUAAACUAGCUCUUAUUGCCCCCAAGAAAGAGCUGGGAGAGGGGGAGAUUCCUCAUAUAGAGUGGUGGGACUCCUACAUCUUGCCUUCCCACAUAGAAUUAUCUGCAUGUACAAAUUUAGAUGAGGUGGAAAUGCAUGGAGUCACCAACCUAGUUGAACACCCCAUUCAGAUGGCCCCUCCAGUGGAUACAGAUAAGCCAGUGACUCUGGGUGUGUAUUUGACUAAGAAGGAACAAAAGAAGUUGAGGAGACAAACUCGUAGAGAAGGCCAGAAAGAGGUGCAGGAAAAGGUCCGAUUGGGUCUUAUGCCUCCACCUGAACCCAAAGUGCGGAUCUCUAAUCUGAUGAGGGUUUUGGGGACGGAAGCUGUGCAGGACCCCACUAAAGUGGAGGCUCAUGUUAGAGCACAAAUGGCCAAGAGGCAGAAGGCCCAUGAGGAGGCAAAUGCAGCACGCAAACUCACGGCAGAACAAAGGAAAGAGAAGAAGGUGAAGAAACUUAAGGAGGAUUUGAGUCAUGGGGUUCACAUUGCUGUUUACAGAAAAGAAACAGAUGGGAUGAUCAAUACCUUCCUCGUCCUCCUGCAGCAGCACAGCACCUGCUCCCACUGCGCUCGCAUCCACCUCCAAUUUGAAAGAAUCCGAAAUCUGCAUAACCCAGCCAAGAAGUUUAAGGUGGAGGCCAAUGCAAACCAACUGUACCUUACUGGCACUGUGGUACUGCACAAAGAUGUCAACAUCGUAGUAGUGGAGGGAGGACCCAAGUCACAGAAGAAGUUUAAACGUCUGAUGUUGAAUAGGAUCAAAUGGGAUGAGCCGAAUUCCAAAAGAGAUGAGCCUCAAGAUUCAGAUGAUGAGGGUUCCAGGAAGAAUAAUAAAUGCACCUUGGUUUGGGAGGGUACAGCAAAGGAACGUAGCUACGGGGAGGUUAAGUUUAAGCAGUGUCCAACGGAAAGCAUGGCUAGGGAACAUUUUAAGAAGCAUGGCACCGAGCACUACUGGGACUUGGCUCUGAGUCAGAGUGUUCUGGAGACAACUGACGACUGAUAUAUAGACUGAACUCUGAAGAACAACAACAGAGGACACAGUGGCAUGUGGACCUUGCACGCUUUUUUUUUUGAGAGAGAGAGAGAGAGAGAGAGAGAGAGAGAGAGAGAGAGAGAGAGAAAGGUGGGAUAGACUUUGGCAGAGGCAAACAUGUAUAUGUAAAUAUAGUUUGAGUGUGUAAAAGGAUGAUUGUGUUUUGCAUACCUGCAGUACAGGUGUGAAACAAUGCAAGACUUCAGAAUGAGCUAGGAUGUUAACCCCUAUGCGUACUGCUGCAAAAUUUUACAGUGGUGUCAGUUUGAACAAGGGUGGACACUGGUUUUGUAUCUCUUGUAACAGUUUUAUAGUGUAGGCUGUGCCGUCUUUGAUCACAUGUUAUUUCUACCUUGGAUCCAUCUUGUUUGAAUGCAGCAUCAUGUGCUCUCACCAUUUUGAUGCAGUCUUUUCAGUAAGUAAGCCUCACUCCUGAAAUAAGUUAAAUGACACUGUGUAGUUUGUUACUGAUUGACCAACAUGUUUGAGUGCAGAUUCUAGAGCAUUGGUUUCAGUAUAACACAAAAGUGUUGAUUUUAGUGUGGCUGAAGAAUGGAAAAGUAUCUUUAUUUUGGUUCACAUAUUCAAAUGUCCAAUAAAAAGUGACAACACAUGGCUAUUUA